AUGUGCCACUUUCAGGUCUCCUCACACUGCUGGUGUGUUGAAUUUUUUGACAUAGGGUGCUGGCAGAUUACUGGGCCUCCCAUAGCUGCUGCCAGGCCCCUAAUCUGCCAUGGGCCCCUAUACCGCCUCCUCAUGCUGCUGCCAGGUCCAGAGUCUCUCAUGGGUCCCUGUACGGCCUCCCAUUGCUGCUGUCUCCAUCGCCACACUCUGCCAUGUGCCACUUUCAGGUCUCCUCACACUCCUGCUGGUUUCCAUUUUGUCAUAGGUUGCUGUAUGGCCUCCCAUUGCUGCUGCCUCCACCGCCACACUGUGGCUCCAAACACUGGUUUUGGCCCCGUGACUGGCCAAAUGAGUGAAGUGUGCGGUGAUUCUAAGAUCGACGGCACUCAUCUGCAUGUCAUACUGACUGACAGUAUUAUUUCUCUUCCCCAGCAGACUCCAAGGGCAUUUAAAUUAAAGGUACAGUGUUCUGCACUAAUAUUA